AUGAAGAUCGCUUCUCUACUUCCCUUCGUUGCUGUGGCAGCAGCACUACCGGUAUCGAACAGCAGUACGCAGUACGCCGCGAUAUCAAGGGCUGAUGGCACUAAAUUCAAGAUUGAUGGUAUCACUAAAUAUUACGCCGGAACGAACAGUUACUGGAUUCCUUUCCUAACGAACAACGACGAUGUUGACAGUAUAAUGUCCCAUCUCCAAACAUCUGGCCAGAGAAUUCUACGUAUCUGGGGUUUCAAUGACGUUACAACGAUCCCUGGCUCGGGGACAGUCUACUUCCAAUCCUUCUCCGGGUCUACAGCGACCAUCAACACUGGAGCUAAUGGCCUACAGCGCCUUGACGCAGUCGUCAAGACCGCAGAGAAAUAUAGAAUCAAGCUGAUCAUCAACUUCGUCAAUUACUGGACGGCUUACGGCGGCAUGGCAGCGUACUUCUCAGCUUGUGGGGUUAGCAGCAAUGAGCAAUGGUACGCCGCGUCAAAGUGUCAGUCCAUGUACCACAACUACAUUAAAACCGUUGUGGGCCGUUAUAGGACUUCUACAGCUGUCUUUGCCUGGGAGUUGGCAAAUGAGCCUCGCUGCAGAGGCUGCCACACGAGCGUUCUUACAGACUGGAUGAAGAAGACAUCUGACUACAUCCGCUCACUGGACUCCGAUCAUAUGAUUGCUGCUGGUGACGAAGGAUUCGGUCUGGCUGGUGAUGGCAGUUACCCCUACCAGUUCGGCGAGGGUGUCGACUGGGCCGCCAACCUCGCUCUCCCAAACAUCUCAUUCGGCACAUUCCAUCUCUACCCAGAAUCGUGGGGCGUCUCCAACUCCUUCGGCAACGGCUGGGUCACGGCUCACGCGAACAUUUGCAAGCAAUUGAACAAGCCCUGCUUGUUUGAAGAGUAUGGGGUUUCACAGGCGGCGCAGCACUGUUCAGUGGAGAGCGAUUGGCAGAAGACCUCCUUGGGUGCGAAGGACAAUGGGAUGGGUGCGGAUUUGUUCUGGCAACUUGGAGAAACGAUCAAAUCGACCGGUCAACAAACACACAAUGACGGACAUACAAUUUACUAUGGAAGUAGUGAUUGGAAGUGUCUUGUGGACGACCGUAUCAAGGCCAUCGGUUAG